CGCACCUCGUUUGGAACGCCUUGUAGUGUUCGUGGUUACGUGUACAGCAAGAACAAGUGAUCAAAAUAAUGGCAAAGGUUAAGAUUGGAAUUAUUGGUGGAAGUGGAAUGAAUGAUCCUGAUAUUUUCAAAGAAAGGAAAGAAAAACGUGUUUCAACACCCUAUGGAGAGCCAUCAGAUUCCUUGUUUCUUGGUAAAAUAGCUGGAGUGGAAUGUGUGUUGAUGCCAAGACAUGGAAGAAAACACACUAUUAUGCCAACAGACAUCAACUACCGUGCAAACAUUUAUGCCCUAAAAGAGGAAGGCUGCACUCAUGUUGUUGUUACCACUGCCUGUGGAUCUUUAAAAGAAGAGUAUAAACCUGGUGAUCUUGUAUUUCCUGAUCAGUUUAUUGAUCGAACAACCAAAAGAGUAUCUACAUUUUACGAUGGUAAAGAAGGAAGUCCAGUGGGAAUUUGUCAUAUCCCUAUGCAUGAUCCCUACUGUCCUCAUACUAGAAAGAUUCUUAUCGAAGCUGCCAAAGAACUUAAUUUGUCUCAUCACAGUUCAGGAACUAACGUUGUUGUUGAAGGGCCUCGUUUCUCUUCAAAAGCUGAAAGCAAAAUGUUUAAAUUGUGGGGAGGAGACAUCAUCAAUAUGACAGCUGUUCCAGAAGUCGUCCUGGCUAAUGAAGCUGGACUUUGUUAUGCUGCUAUUGCUAUGGUUACAGACUAUGACUGUUGGAGAGAUGACCAUGAGCCAGUCAGUGUUGAAUCAGUGAUGGCAAUUUUUAAAUCCAAUGUGGCAAAUGUGAAGACUCUUUUACUAGCUGCAAUUCCACGUAUUGCUUCUAAAGAAUGGACAGACAUUACUAAAGAACGACAGACUGCAGUUGCGAAUAAUAUUGUAAACCAUGCCAGUUGAUAUUCAUCCCAUUAAUGUGUGUUGUUUUAAAGUGUUUCUGUUUUCAAAGUGUCACUCUGAACAAAUAUAGAUGAACCACAGUUUCAAAAACAUAGCAAUUGUAGUAAAGAUUUCUCCAGUAAAUAUUGCACACACCUCACUGAUGUAUUCCUUCUAGAAGACUUUCAAAUGACUCUCAAACUCUGCGUUUUACAAGAACUUUAGGGUUCAUUCAAAUGGAAAAGCUUUAGUAAAAUUCAGUCAAGCAAAGUCAUAUAAAUUAUUAUUUUACUCCAGUUUGUAGUGUAAAAUUAAUGCUCAAAACAAGUACAAUUAUAUCAUGUUUUGUAACUCAGAGGCAAUAUCCAACAGUUUAGCUGCAGUUCUCUGCAGUACAAGCAGCAAAGAACAAUUAAUUCAAAGUUUGGUUGUAUUUUGAAUUGCCCUACCAUCUUUUGCAAAUACUUCCAUUCAAUCAGAGCAGACGUAAUUAUAGGGAAUUACUAGUUACCUAGAUAUAGUAUUUAGUCAUGUUCUAGGCACCACAUCUCUACUGUUCAGACUAAUUUUGUUAAGACUGUCCAACCCAACAUUUAUUUUAAUUUUAAUCUAUGUGGAAUAGUCUCAAUUAAAGAUUACUAAACAAAAUGGA